AUGCCGAACCAACCUGCAAAGACCGUAACCUACGGCCGAGUCCAUGAUCUGCAGCAUAUCUCCGUAACAACCCUUGACAACACGGAUGGGUACUGGGUAAUCUACAUCCACGGCGGCGCCUGGCGCGACCCAACAGUAACGGCAGACUCAUUCAAAGCGACGCAAGAGAUCUUGCGCAAAACACCAGGCCUCCCAAUCGCCGGAAUCGCAUCAAUUUCCUACCGAUUAAGCGCACACCCAAACCACCCCCAAGACCCAACCAGUACCGGACCGAAAGAAUUCCGGGAUGCGAAACAUCCAGAUCAUAUCCGCGAUGUAGAGGCUGCGCUGGCCUUUCUUCAGAAUACGUAUAUCUUCGGUGCGCGCUAUAUUCUUGUUGGGCAUAGUUGCGGUGCGACGCUUGCUUUCCAGGCUGUCAUGGGGGCCGUUGCGGGACAUCGUGAGCAGGCGUUCAAGGGGGACAUGAAUAAGCUUGACAUUAGUGUCGGGCCUGUUUCUACUUCGCCUGGUCCACUGCCGCCGCGUUUGACUGUGCAGCCGAUUGCUAUUGUUGGUGUUGCUGGUAUCUAUGAUUUGAGACGAUUGCGCGAUAUGAAUGCCGGGAUCUCGGCGUAUCGGGAGUUUAUUGAAGGUGCAUUCGGGGCGGAUGAGUUGCUCUGGGAUGCGGUUUCGCCGGCGCAGAUGGCUGGUUCGCGGGGUGUGGAGGGUGGUUGGAGAUCUGGGCGGUUGGCUGUUCUGGCGCAGUCUGAGGAUGAUGAGCUUGUUGAUGCGUCUCAGGUUGAGGCUAUGGAGGAGGUGCUGAGACGGUGGGAGAAGGUUGAGGCUCAAAUCCCCGCGCAUGAGUUGUCUACGAAGGACCGCAGAGUCCGGGUGUUGCCGAUCAGCGGUGCGCAUGACGAGGCGUGGGAGAAGGGGGAUCAGCUUGCUCGUGCGGUGAUCUAUGCAUUCGAAGAACUACAGGCGAUGAACCUGACUCCUCGUGAUGGUACGAAAUAA